AUGAAUUUGGCUGAGAUUUGUGAUAAUGCCAAAAAAGGGAGAGAAUAUGCGCUUCUUGGGAACUACGACUCCUCUAUGGUAUAUUACCAAGGUGUCAUCCAGCAGAUUCAGAGACACUGUCAAUCAAUCCGAGACCCAGCAGUUAAGGGCAAAUGGCAACAGGUCCGGCAAGAAUUACUGGAGGAAUAUGAGCAAGUAAAGAGUAUUGUCAACACGUUAGAGAGUUUUAAAAUAGACAAACCUCCAGAUAUUCCUGUAUCCUAUCAAGAUGAGCCAUUUAGGGAUCCUGCUGUUUGGCCACCUCCAGUUCCGGCUGAGCACAGGGCUCCACCUCAGAUAAAACGUCCCAACCGAGAAGUUAAACCUUUGAGGAAAGAAUCACCAGGAUUGCAGCCGCGAGGGCCUGUGGGCAGAGCACACCCAAUAUCAAAAAGUGAAAAGCCUGCCAGUAGCCGAGAGAGGGAAUCUAGAGCUAAAGGGAGAGAGGACAAGGGAAAGAAAAUUCCACAGGAAGGUGCUGGUGAUGGGGAAAUUCAGAAAUUUGAUGGAGCAGGAUAUGAUAAAGACCUGGUUGAAGCACUGGAAAGGGACAUUGUAUCAAGAAAUCCAAGCAUUCAUUGGGAUGACAUAGCAGAUUUGGAAGAAGCCAAGAAAUUAUUAAGGGAAGCGGUGGUUCUGCCGAUGUGGAUGCCUGAUUUUUUCAAAGGGAUCAGAAGGCCGUGGAAGGGUGUUCUGAUGGUUGGCCCCCCUGGGACUGGCAAAACCAUGCUAGCAAAAGCUGUUGCUACGGAAUGUGGGACGACGUUCUUCAAUGUUUCCUCCUCCACUCUGACGUCCAAAUACAGGGGCGAGUCUGAGAAGCUAGUCCGCCUGUUGUUUGAAAUGGCCAGGUUUUAUGCACCAACAACAAUCUUCAUUGAUGAAAUCGAUUCCAUCUGCAGCCGCAGAGGCACUUCCGACGAACAUGAAGCAAGUCGCAGGGUCAAGUCGGAGCUGCUGGUUCAGAUGGACGGAGUAGGUGGUGCACUAGAAAACGAUGACCCUUCCAAAAUGGUGAUGGUGCUGGCUGCUACAAACUUUCCCUGGGACAUUGAUGAAGCAUUGCGAAGAAGAUUAGAGAAACGGAUUUAUAUACCUCUGCCAACAGCAAAAGGCAGAGCAGAGCUGCUUAAGAUUAAUCUUCGGGAAGUAGAGAUGGAUCCUGAUAUACACCUUGAAGAAAUUGCUGAGAAGAUUGAAGGCUACUCUGGUGCUGAUAUAACUAAUGUUUGCAGGGAUGCCUCUUUGAUGGCAAUGAGACGGCGCAUUAACGGCUUAACCCCAGAAGAGAUCCGUGCACUUUCUAAAGAGGAACUUCAGAUGCCUGUUACCAAGGGGGACUUUGAGCUGGCUCUGAAGAAAAUCUCCAAGUCUGUUUCAGCUGCAGACCUGGAGAAGUAUGAAAAAUGGAUGGCGGAGUUUGGAUCUGCUUAA